AAAUUUCAAAAAUUUCAAUCUCAAGUUCAAACCGAAAAUCUCAAACAGGAAAUCAUCAUUUAGGAUCUACAUUUUUCAAUUGAUCCCCAUGAAAAUUUAAACAAAGACUGUCGGAUAAACAUUUAAUUAUUUAAAAAAUUUUAUAUAUUCAAGGGUUAAGGGGCUCUCGAGUGGUUAAAUGACGUCCCUGAGAACUACGUUAUCAUGGCUGCGUCGGCUUUGCUGACAAGCAGUUUACGCCGAUUUUUACCGUACAUCACCCACAAAGGUAUUAGAAGUAGUCAGCUUAGUAGAUAUAUUAACGCAAAGUAUUCAAACAACAAUUAUCAGCCACUGAGGUGCCUCCAUCGGUCUGCAACAAUGGCAAAGUUUCAGUAUCCAGAAACAAGAAGAGACGAGGAAUUCAGUGAAAAAUAUCAUGGCAUUGAGGUGAAAGAUCCGUACAGAUGGCUUGAGGAUCCCGAGGCUGAAGAGACAAAAGCCUUCGUCGAGGCCCAAAAUGCUAUUACCAGGCCCUUUUUGAAUUCUUGUUCUGUCAGACAAGAUAUUCAUGAUCGUCUCAAGCAAUUGUGGGAUUAUCCUAAAUACUCGUGUCCUAGAAAACACGGGGACAAGUAUUAUUUCUACAAAAAUACUGGUCUGCAGAAUCAGAGUGUUUUGUACGUUCAAGACACUUUGGAUUCUGAACCCAGAGUAUUCCUGGACCCAAAUACACUGUCUGAAGAUGGUUCUAUCGCUAUUAUGAGUACAAAGUUCACUGAGGAUGGCAGUAUAUUUGCGUACGGAUUGUCAAGCAGUGGCUCUGAUUGGAGUACCAUCCAUUUUAUCAACACAAAAACAGGUGAAAAAUAUCCUGAAGUACUCGAGAAAAUAAAAUACUCACCUCUGACGUGGACACACGAUAAUCAAGGAAUAUUCUACGGAACUUAUAUGGAACAGAAGGGAAUAACCGAUGGUUCUGAGACACUUGGUGUAAGAGACCAGAAAUUAUGUUAUCAUCGAGUGGGAACUCCACAGUCUGCGGAUAUUAUCGUCGUAGAGUUCCCCGAGGAACCUCUCUGGAGAAUUGGAGCAGAAGUAACAGAUUGUGGAAAAUGGUUGGUGAUAACUCCACUGAAAGAUUGUCGAGAUAACCUGGUGUACUUCACAGCACUUGAGCCCGGAAAAAAAAUCGAUGGAAAACUACAGCUGACUAAAAUAGUUGAGAAAUUCGAAGCUGAUUAUGAAUAUAUUACAAAUGACGGGAGUAGAGCGAUCUUCAGGACCAACAAAAACGCACCUAAUUAUCGUCUCAUCUCCAUCGAUUUAGAGGAUUAUGCUGAAUCUAAAUGGACUGUAUUAUUACCAGAGCAUCCAGAGAGAGUUCUGGACUGGGCUGAUGCAGUUAAUGGAGACAAGUUGAUGGCAUGCUUUAUUGAGGACGUGAAGCACGUGUUACAACUUCACAGUCUGAAAACUGGUGAAGUGCUGCGAAAGUUUCCACUAGAUCUCGGCACCAUUGUGGGUUAUAGCGGUGAUAAAAAGUACUCGGAAAUUUUCUAUCAAUUCACUUCAUUUUUAACCCCAGGGAUUAUCUACAGGGUUGAUCUUACGAGCAAUGAAGAUCCAAAAAUAUUUCGCGAAAUCAAAGUCAACAAUUUUGAUCCGAAGGAUUAUCAAACAUCACAGGUGUUCUAUACAAGCAAAGAUGGAACCCGAAUUCCUAUGUUCAUCGUCAUGAAGGCGAAUGCUGUCCUGGAUGGAUCUAUGCCUGCACUCCUCUAUGGCUAUGGGGGCUUUAAUAUUAGCAUACAACCAACGUUUAGUGUCACUCGACUUGUAUUUAUUCAACAUUUCAAUGGAGUCCUAGCUGUGGCGAAUAUUCGUGGUGGAGGGGAAUACGGUGAGAAGUGGCACAACGGUGGACGUUUCUUAAAUAAGCAGAAUACUUUUGAUGAUUUUCAACGUGCUGCUGAGUACUUAAUAGAGAAUCAAUACACAACGUCUAAAAAAUUGACGAUUCAAGGAGGAAGCAAUGGAGGUUUGCUCGUUGCUGCUUGUGUCAAUCAGAGACCUGAUUUAUUUGGUGCAGCUAUUGCAGAAGUUGGAGUUAUGGAUAUGCUUCGUUUCCAUAAAUUCACGGUAGGCUAUGCGUGGGUGUCAGAUUACGGUAGUUCAGAUGAAAAACAACAUUUUGAUAAUCUGAUUAAAUUCUCACCCCUCCACAACGUUCGAGCUCCAGAGAGCGGUGGUCAGUACCCUGCGACACUACUGUUGACAGCAGAUCAUGAUGAUCGAGUUGUGCCCUUACAUAGUUUAAAAUUGAUAGCGACAAUGCAGCAUAAACUUGGAAAGUUGGCUCAACAGACUAAUCCAAUUUUGGGGAGAAUCGAGACAAAAGCUGGACACGGUCAUGGCAAACCGACAACUAAAAUCAUCGAAGAACGUACUGAUAUACUGUCAUUCAUGACUCAAACGUUGGGUCUGGAAUUCUACAAAUAAAUUAAUCAAGCCAUCGUCAACUGCCAGUUGAUCGACAUGCGAGAUACAUUUUUGUAUAUUUCCUCGAUUACAUUCUUUCCAAUUAAAUCUUAUUACUCGUUUUGUUACUCAAUAAACAAUGCCACUGGUUAAUUA